AUGAAAAGAAUUUGCUAUGAAUUGUAUCAUAAAUUAGAAGUUGAUGAAUUAUUAGAAAAUAAAAAAAGAAAAUAUGCUACAUAUGUAAAAGGAAUUGAAAAAUUUUUUGGAAUUGAAAAUGGCAUUUUAGAUUCGGAGCAGGUGAAAUCAAAUGUUACAAAUUACGGAAAAAACUAUCCAAAUAGAAAAGAAAAUGAAUGGAAAAAAUUUGAAAUUGCUGAAUUUAAAAAUUAUUUUAGAGAUAAAGAAAAAUUAAGUAACUUUAAAAAAAAUAUUUUCACAGCUUUUGAAAAAAAAUUUAAUUUAAAUAAAAAAGCUGUUAAAAUGAAAUGA